CGUACCAAGAAUUGCAUAAAAAAGUAACACAGACAAACAGACGUAACACUCUGAUAAUUCUCAUCGUACACCGAUUUAACGGUCUUUAUCAAAAUUUGAUAGUUGGCCAACUGCCCAACCGUGGCGCUCGCAUAGUUUUUGUUCGAGUUUGACGUUUGCUCACUACCGCCACCUAGUUGGUGGUCGGCCAAACUUAGUCCUUUUAGCAUUGGGCGAAUAUGUUUCCGUGACUAUGAUUUGAAUCGAAAAAUAUUCGAAGUGUUACGUCUGCUUGUCUGUGAAAGUAGUAUCACAGCGGGUUUUAGUUUUUGAUAAGUAUUUUCAUCGGUAAUGGGAAUAAAUGGCUCAUCUAAUUAAGCAGGAACAGGACAAGCAUCUGAAGUUUGUCUUAGAUCAGUCAGAAGAGGUCCUUAUCGAGUUCUGCAAAUUGGCCAUCGAAUAUGUCAGUAAUGGCAUUAACGAGAAAAAAUGCUCUGUCGCAGCUAAAAAGCUAGAGACAACCUUUGAAACCAUUAAAACUUGCGUCGAAGCACUGGUCUGUCUACUGAUCGAUUCCACCAAGUUGCACAUCACCGAGGAGGAGUUUCAAACGCUUCGUACUCUCCAGUAUACCGAUGGCCAAAUAGCCAUCCUGUGGCAGUUUGUGAGCAGCAAGCGGAAUCUGGUGGAAAACAUCCUUAAACAUUCCACCGACAGUGAGCUGCACUUCCGAGACCUAGAGUGGCGCCUGGAAGCAAAGGUGGCCUCCCGAGCGAUGAUCAAACAAGCCACACCGAUCAUAGCCAUGAAGUUGCACCUGGACAGCGAAGUGGUCAACGAGCAUAAGGAGAAACUGCAGCCUGAUCAGGGCGAUGCCGAGACAAGCCAGCUGAGCACUCGGAAGGAAGUCCUGCUGCAAACCGAUCCGACUAGUUUGGUGCACUUGAUACAGGUGCUGGAGCAGGCUCUAAUCGAUUCCAAAACUCAUCGGGUUAGAAAUUUUGUAAAAUCGUUCCAGAAAUAAAAUUGAACAAUUAUUUUUGUUUAUACGUAAAUCCUA